CGUGGAAUGCGGUGUUGCGCUCGCGCACCAAACCACGAGCGAAGCAAAAGUAAGCAGUCAUUUUAUUUGUCUCGGAGAGCGUUGUGGUGACCGCGGAGUGACGAUUGCCAAAACGAAACAACAAAAUAUGUGUGAAUAUUGCUCAAUCAAAAGUGUUUAUCUAUUUAUCGAUAAGUGAAUAAUAUUGCGACAAUUGUGUUUUAUGUGGUUUGUUAUGAAGUUUUGUGAGAGUUGACGAAGGUUUUCAAGGAACUCCGGUGUAUCGUCGCUUAUUUACCUAAUGGCGGGGUCCGGGGGACUCGCGGAGUGGUCGGAAGGCGCCGCGGUAUGGUUCCAGCCGGCUGGUGCCUCCGCCCCGCUACCCGGCGAGCUCGUGGAGGUGCACCGCGCCGCCAGGGUGCUCCUUGUAAGCGCAGUCGUCAAUGGACAGCCUCAAACAUUCGCCCUCCAGAUGGGGAACGGCGAGGAAGAAGGAGAUCCCGUCUGGCCUCGCGAGGAGCUAGGUCCAACAGGAGUGGACGACAUGACCCGUCUACACGACCUACACGAGGCAGCCCUAUUAUGGAACCUGAAGCUGAGAUACGAACAGGGUCUGAUCUACACAUAUGCGGGUUCCAUAUUAGUGGCUGUCAACCCUUACAGACCAGUCGACGCUUUGUAUGGACUGCAGACUGCUAGGAGGUACCACGCUGCGGAGGCAUUAGGAGAUCUACCACCACAUCUUUUCGCCAUAGCUGCCGCCGCCCGCGCCUCUUUACCGCAGCCUCAGGCCAUACUCAUUUCUGGUGAAUCAGGUGCCGGGAAAACAGAGUCUACUAAAUUAGCUGUCCAGUUUUUGGCAGCAGUAGCCCCCGCACCGCCAGGUAGAGCUCCUGUCUCCGAGCAAAUAUUGGAAGCGGCUCCGCUUCUGGAAGCGUUCGGAAACGCAAGGACACCAAAAAAUCACAACUCUAGUCGCUUCGGAAAACUUCUAGAAUUAUAUUUUAAAGAUGGCGCUUUGGCUGGAGCUAGAGUAGCACAUUACUUACUCGAAAAAUCACGAAUUGUUACUCAAUCACCAGGGGAGAGAAAUUAUCACGUAUUUUAUGAGCUACUUGCGGGAUUAGACGAAGAGCAACGUCGAAGUAGGGGACUGUUGACGGCAGAACAUUACUUUUACUUGAACCAAGGCGGAGACUCCGGCGGUGCGGGCGCCGGAGCUGAUUGGUCGGCUCUGUGUGGAGCCAUGCAAGUCCUCGGCAUUGGAGACGCAGAAAGAGAAGAUAUAAUCAGAGUUUUAGCUGCUGUUUUACAUUUGGGCAACGUUUAUUUUCAUAGACGGCAAUUACGGCACGGACAGGAAGGCGUCCAACUCGGUGGCGGGGCAGAAGUGCGUUGGGCGGCACACCUACUAAAGAUUCCCGCUGAAGAAUUAGCCAAAGCUUUGACGACCCGCGUGACAGCAGCGAGGUCCGAACUCAUGAGGUCUCCGUUACCGAUCGACCAAGCUCUGGACGCGCGAGAUGCCUUCGCUAAGGCUCUGUACUCUUCGUUAUUCAAUUGGCUCGUGCUACGAAUAAACUCGAUAGUCCACCGUGCGGGACUACACGACGCUCACAGGAUUUCUCUCUUGGACAUCUUCGGUUUUGAAGACUUGGAAGAGAAUUCUUUCGAGCAGCUGUGCAUAAAUUACGCAAACGAAACACUGCAACAUUACUUCAAUAAGCACAUAUUCAAAUUGGAACAACAAGAAUAUCAAAAAGAGCGACUCGAAUGGUCAAAUCUAACGUGGAACGAUAAUUCUCCAGUUAUUCAACUAUUAAGCAAAAAGCCAGUGGGUAUCCUUCAUCUGCUGGACGACGAGAGCAACUUCCCUCGAGCGUCUGAUGCUUCGUUCUUGGAGAAGUGUCAUUACAAUCACGCCCUCAACGAGCUCUACUCCAGGCCGAGACUUGGAGCUAACGAAUUUGGUAUAAAACACUACGCAGGUCAAGUGUGGUACAACGUGGAGGGAUUCCUUGACAAGAACAGGGAUGCCCUUCGAGCGGAUGUUUUAGAAUUACUAUGCAGUAGUGAUGUACCUCUCGUCGCUGAAAUGUCGACCCAGCUACGAGCGCAGCACGACGCGAACAAAACUUUACCGAGGGGAGCCAAUGGGCGUUUCGUGACAAUGAAACCGAGGACUCCUACUGUUGCUGCAAGAUUCUCGGACAGUCUCCAUCAGCUGUUGGAGUCGAUGUCGCGCUGUAACCCCUGGUUCGUGCGCUGUAUAAAACCGAACACCGAAAAAUCUCCCAUGAAGUUCGACAUGCCGUGCGUCCUCGCCCAGCUCCGCUACACCGGCAUGCUGGACACCAUCAAGAUCCGCCAGAUGGGAUACCCUAUAAGGAUCCCGUUCCAGAGCUUCGUUGAGCGAUACCGGUACCUUCUGACGAGCAGCCCAUCGCGUGCCAUGCCUUACAGAGAAGUCUGUAACUCCAUAUUAGCGGAGAUGCCCGCCACUGGCGCAGUUGGAGCUGAUUAUCAACUCGGAGCAGCGAGAGUGUUUAUAAGGGAAGCCCUCCACAGAGCAUUGGAGCGAGCACGUGCGGACAAAUUGCGGGCCGCAGCCACCAUACUCCAAGCGCACGCCAGGGGGUAUCUUGCUAGGAAACGCUACAUUCAAAUGCGCGGCGCGACGUUACGCGUGCAGGCGUGGUGGCGCGGCGCCCGCACCCGCCGCCGCUACGUGGCCGUGCGGCGCGGCGUCGUGCGGGCGCAGGCGCUCGUGCGGGCCCGCAUUGCGCGACGGCAGCUCGCCGCUCUCAAGGAGCAACAUCGCCGGCGCGUCGAGGCACACCAAGCUGCCGCCAAGAGACGGGCAGCCGAGGAGAAAGCUCGGGAAAAAGCAAAGGCGGAGAGUCUUCAAGUGUUGGAAGUGCCCGCUGAACUGGCCUUCAUACUGUCAAAACUCGACGAAUGGCAACCUCCACACACAGACAGGAAGAAUUUAACUAAGGUGUCAGGUGACGUUUAUGCAGAGGACGAACGCGUCCAACUACCCCGGGACUUGCAGCAGUUCGCUUUCUCCAAGUUCAGCUCGGUGUACUUCGCUGAUGGAGGCCAGCUCAGUCCCAGGAGACAUCCGAUCACCAGACCGUUCCUUGCUAAAGCUGCUGUUAGAGAUCAAGACUUUAAUGAUGCGGUGGCGACAUUUAAACUUAUACUGAGAUGGUGCGAUGAAUCCGCCGCUGGGAAUGAAGCCAGACAGAAGGUAUUGGCAGACUACAUCGCCUCCAGAGGGUUGUCGUCGCGUGGCCUCCGAGACGAGAUCUUAGUGCAGCUCUGUAACCAAGCGAGCGCCGCCGACGCCAGCGAUCGCGUGUGGCAGCUAAUGGGACACUGCCUUUCUGCUUUCCAACCGACUGCCUCGUUGCACAAAUACUUGUUGCGGUUCAUAUCGGAGCGUGCCCCGGCGUCGGUCCGUGAGUGGCUGACGCGCGCGGCGUGCGGGGCGGGCGCGGGGGCGCGGGGUGCGGGGUGGGCGCGUCGCUGUCCGCCCACGCUGCUGGAGUGGCGAGCUGCCCGCGCGCACGCCAGGACCGCGCUGCCGCUCACGCUUUACGACGACACAGUUCAGCACGUCAGUGUUGAGUCGUGGACGACGUGUGAGCGAGCCGCGUCAGCAGCGCUCACCGCCGCCGGCGUCGCUAACAACCCCAGCGGCUGGUCGCUCACCAUGGAGCACGACGGACAACUCACUGAAUGGGCUGGUUGCGAAUACGUGUUGGACUCCGUGGGUGAGAUAGAGACAUGGGCGGCCCUCCCCAGCACUCGCGCCGAGCCUCUCCGCGCCGCCCCGCGCCCCGCGCCUCCCGCCCCGCCGCCGCGAGCCUCCUCCGUCGACACCGAGAAGUCUAGUCGACCUCAGAUCCCACCACCAGAACCUCCGAAGUCACGGUCGCCUAGCAUCCCGCGUCUCCUUGAAGAGUCCAUCGAAGAAGGCCUUUCAGAAUACAACUGGAAGAUUGAUCGCGAACAAUCCAACACCAAACAUUCCAACGAUUAUUCCAGAAAGAUAUCCCACGAUGUUCUGUCAAGAGAGUCAGCUUUGAACGAGAGAUAUUUCGAACAGACAUCGGACAAGGUCCGGAGUCGAUCUUUGGAUAAUUUGUUGGGCGAUAACCCGGCGCCGCAGCCAAAUAAGUUAACUGACUUAGGACUGUCGCAGUCACGACUGAACGACAGAUACCACUCGGUGGAGAGACUCCAGGGUGCGCCAAGCGUGGUGAGCAGCAAGGGGGCCGGGGAGGGGGAGUAUGGCACCGGGUCCCGGGCGCUGCCGUCGCGGUACAUCAAGUCGCAGUACGCCGGGAAACGUGCACCCGCCGGCUCGCACUCCAGUCGCGCUUAUAUCGAGAAGAGCUCCGACUUUGGUGGAGUCAGAUCGUCCGCGAUGUCAGACACGUCAGAGGCCCCGAGUCUGGCGUCCCACGUGCGCCGGGUCCGCGUACCAAGUCAAGCUUCCGACGUCGAUCAGUUCUUAGACGAUUUGUUUUCUCCAGUUCUCGACCCGAAUAUCGAUGAGCUCUCCGACGCGAGGUCCCUCGCUGCCAGCCUCAAAGGUGGCAGGAAUUACAGUGACUUUAUUCAAAACGUUCUCACUUGCGAGUACAACGAAAAGAUCGAUAACCUAGAAAAAGAAGACGUAGAGAAACUUAUAAAGGGAGGGGGAAACGAGGAGAAAGAAAAGGGACGCUCGAGCCGGAAGGGAUCCAGCGUGGACUCCGUCGAUGAUUACAUAACAAAUCUAUUCGAUCCUAUUUUCAUGAAUGAUAGUCUGAAAAGACUGACAGAUGGGGAUGGACUGUCCGGGGCAAUUAAAGGAGGUGGUGCCACCCCGAGAGCUGCCUCAGCGAACACUUCCGCUUUGAGCUUUAGCACAAUGUCGAUGCCGGUGACAAUGCCGGCCACGCCCGAAGGACUGGCAGCCGCGCUAGGGCUGCAUCUACCUCCGCCUGGAACAGUCGACAUUAAUGCGUAUCAUCAGAACUUACAGCGCGCCUUCCUUCAGAGUGCGAUGGCACAGAAUUUGCAAAUUCAGCAACAACUACUUGCUCAGAACCAAGCGCUGCAGACAUUGCUGGCGGGACAGGUUGUGGACCCUUCCGAAUCAGAGCCAACUUCUCCAGUUCGUUCGUCGACUGUUGUUCAUGCUCAAGUACAUUCUCCGCCUCGGACUACAGCGAAAUCUAGACGAGAGUCAAAUGAGAGCUCAUCGACUGGAGCUCCACCACCUCCUCCCCCACCAAUGCCACCCCCUCUCCAUGCGUCCGACCCAUCAGAAAUCAGAGGCUUCAUGGACCCUUAUGGACGAGCGAAGACUGUACGAAUCGGAAAAUGGAGAUGGCCGCCUCCGAAAGAUGCCGUUAACCCGGACAACCCUGAAGACUUCAACAAAUUCAAAUUACGACAGAUACAUCGACGACACACGCCUCAAGCUCAAACGAACGGCGUAGAACAUGACCCACCAAGAAGCAGGUCAAAGUCUGAAGUGUCACCCGCCGGCAUCGAUUGGGAAGAAUUCGAAGUGGACGGUUCAGUACCACCGAACCGCGAACCUCCUAGUCAACGAACAGCGAGACGUAGCUUCGAGAUCGGAGCUCAGAGACCUUCUCCCGGCAGCGUUGGCAAGUUGAAACUGAGCUCUGAAAUGAGACAAAGAUUAGAACGUGUUACUGCAAACCAUUCCGUCAGAAGCUCGUCAUCUGCGGCUGAAACUCCUCGGACGAUCAAUAAGCUGGAGGACACCAGGAAACUGAUGUUAGAACGUCAACUAGGAGGUGGUGGACGUUGGGAUGCACCACCCCCACCGCUACCUCCUGCUCCACCAGGACCUGCUCCUCCCCCUCCGCAGGCCCCUCCGACUCCUCCUUCGGGACCCGCACCUCCUCCACCGGCACCAGACCAAUCAUCUUUCGCACAGCUUCGUCGUGAUAGAGACACAUUCGGCGUUCAUCAGAACAGAGAUGCAGAUGAUCGUCACGCAUUCCUCGCCAACUGGAACUCUCGACGCCGAGAGGAUUCUGAACCACCUCGAGAUGACUUAGCGACUAGAUUCCUGACUGCUGAUCGUCGUGAAGGUCGCGUUCGAGACGAUUGGGGCGAAGAGUCUGAAGACCAGAGCUACAGGGACGACCGAGGACAGAGCCGGGACGAAUGGGACUCUGAAUCUGGUGCUGAUAUUGUAGACCGACGAGAUAGAGAUGACUUUUCCGGUCGAGAAGCUUCUGAGAUCUACGAAUUGCACCCGAGCAGAACGGAACGGAGGAAGGAUGAGAAUAAUACAUCCGAUACAUUUGAACGUAAGCGUUCACCUUAUUAUGACGAUUUUGAGAGGUUUGAGGGGAGGAAGAACUCCCGUGACAUGUUGAUGGGCAGAUCGCGAGAGAGUCCCAGAUCCGAGUCCAUGUUCCCCGGCGAAAACACCGAUACAGCGAAAAGAGAGAGAGCUACCUUCAAGACUCACAUGGCCCAGAAAGAAAGAGACCGAAAAAUGGAAGCGGAAAGAAGACAGUCGGUAUCUACGCACGUCUCCGACAAGACUGAACACAUGGAAAGAGAUAUACCCGCGCCGGCUGCGUUCCUACCGUCGGACCGUAACUUCCUGACGUACGCGCGUGUGCCGUGGAAACUGCGCGUGCGGAAGGAACUGUUCUCACCACUGGAAACGUACAACGAACCCGCUGUUUUGGACUUACUUUAUUCACAAAUAGUCGGUGAUAUAAAAUCCAACCAGCCAUCCCUUCGGAUAUCGAGCAGCGAGCGCAGGGCGGGCGCGGCGUGGCUCGCGGCGCAGGGCCCCGGCUCGGUGCGGGCCCACGUCAAGCGACAAGCCGUCGAGAUGGCCAGAGGGUGGCCCUUCUACUUCGCGAGGCUGUUCGCGGCUAGAGUGCCGCCCGGCGAAAACGCUGUGCUGGCUGUCUCGCAUAAUGCCGUCACUAUUGGAGUUAAAGGCCCGGCCGGCUUAACGAUACGUCGCACGCUGUCCCUGGGCGGACUCCGCGCCACCUCCCCGGCUCCGAACUCGCUGCAGCUGAGCGGAGCCCGCGAUCCCCCGCUCACGCUACACGCUCCGCUCGCCCACCACGCACAGGCCCUUAUUGCGGAAUUCGCUCUGCAAUUUACACAGACCCAACAGAAACCGAUCACAAAUGGUAUCACGAAAGAACGAGUGCCCGAACGCGAGAGCAGGGAGACUAGAGAUUCGCGGGACUCACGGGACUCGCGUGACUCGCGAGAGAUCCGGGACUCGCGUGAAACUCGAGAGUCUAGGGAGCUGAGGGAGAUUCGAGAAAUGCGUGAAUCGAGAGAUGAAAUUGACAGGGAACAUAUUGAGAGGAGGGCGCAAACUACGUCUCCUCCGCCGCGAGAGAGAAUCAGAAGCGGAGAUAUGGAGAGGGAACGUGACAGAGAGAGAGGCGUGAGGGAGGACAGACGAGAACAGUCGACGCCUCAGCACGAUGGGAGGCACCCACUACUUCAGUUUGCUGUCGAUCACUUCAGGCAGAGUCCAGAACUCGAAAUCCUGAAAGCGGACUCGUCACUAAAGAGCAAAGCGAAACGCAACGAGUGGACUUGGAAAGCGCAGACCGACGUCGUGAAAUGGCAGGCGACGGGUCUGCGGGCGCCGCUGCUCCGCCUCCCCCCCGCCCUCGCCUCGCCCGCCCUGGAGUGCUUCACCUGCGUCAGAGCGUACUGCGGAGACCUGCAACCGAACGAACGAACCACGCACCAGGACCUGACCGAAGUUAAAUGUGUUUACACGGUCCUAAUGCAUUGUCACUCAGUGCCCGAACUCCGUGACGAGGUGUACUGCCAGCUGAUGAAGCAGACCACAUCGAACCGGUCUCAGGCCCCCGACUCCUGCCAGCGAGCCUGGAGGCUGAUGUCCAUUCUCGCUGCCUAUUUCACAUGCUCAGAUACGCUCAGGCCGUUCCUGGUGGAAUACCUGUCGGCAGCCGCGUCAGACCGGCGGCGACCGUGUCAGGGCACGGCCGCCGUCUGCCUCGCCAACUUGAGGAAGACCCUCCGCUGCGGAGGCAGGAAGAACGUGCCCAGUGUCGAAGAGGUGACGGCGGUGUCGGCGGGUCGGUCCGCGCGCCGCCAGCUGUACCGGCUGCCGGGCGGCGCCGAGCGCGUCGUCAACACGCGCUGCGCCACCGUCGUGCAGGACAUCGUCAACGAACUCUGCGAACUGAUCGGCGUGAGCACGGAGUGGGAGCGCGCCGAGUUCUCGCUGUACUGCAUCGUGGCGGGCGACGCGCUCACCAUGCCGCUGGCCGGCGACGAGUACGUGCUCGACGUCACCACGGAGCUGCAGCGCGCGCACCACCCCUUCUACCUCAUCUUCUGCCGCUCAGUGUGGCACGCGCCGCUGCGGAACGACGCGCCGCCACUCUACACCGAGGUGCUCUUCAACCAGGUGGCCCCUGACUACCUCGAAGGUCUCCUGCUCGUCCUGCCCGGCGGCCAGGCUCCACCGUCAGGCGUCCUGCGCGACGCCGCCCUGGUGGCCUCGCUGCUGCACCGCGCCGCAGGACUGGCCGAACCUCCCGCACCUAGAGACCUCAAGUUCUUACUGCCGAAACCAUUGUUGGCGCUCAGAGAACCGAGACCAGCCAAAUGGGCUUCGUGGGUGGCCAGUGAAUGGCCCCACACCAGGGCCCUCACACCGGCAGCCGCCAAAUCCAAAGUCUUACAGGUGUUGUCCCGCUGGGCGCUGUUCGGGUCGUCGUUCUUCGCGGUGCGUCGCGUGGCGGGCGCGGCGGGCGAGUGGCGCGAGCACGUGCUGGCGCUCAACCGGCGCGGCGUGCACCUGCUGCACCCGCACACGCACGAGACCGACACGCACUGGCCCUACGCGGAGCUCAUCUCCACCAGGAAGGUCCGCUCGGAGGACGGCACACUGUUCCUGGACGUGAAGUGCGGCUCGUUGCUGCAGCAGCGCGUGACCCGGCUGCAGGCGGAGCAGGCGCACGAGGUGGCCCGCCUCGUCCGGCAGUACAUCGCUCUGCAACGAGACCACAGACAUUCGCCGGCAUUCAAUUCGUGAGAGGGAGCAUCGUGACGAAACUUUGAAUGGAUCUAGUGUUCGGUGUACAUGAGAAUUUUUUUUAAAUGUACACACGCACAUCUAUACCUCAUAAUAAAACAUUCCGUCCGAUAAAGAUCUGAUAUAAUUAGAAUAACUUUAAUUAUGUUAAAUUUGAUUGAAAUGACAAUAGGAUUUCUGGGCACAAACCCUUUGCGUUUUUAAUUCAGUCUUACAAGACUGAGAUUUCAUUUUUAAAAAAAUUGAGAAAAAAAAACGCAAUAAUAGUCGAAAAUAUCUUCUAUUUUCAUUUUAGUCGAUAAUUCUUUAGAUUCGUUAAGAGAAGUAGUUAUAUUAUUAAAUGAAUUUAUGUAGUCCAUUCCAUUUUACUUAUUUACAUUUUAUAAUAUGUUACUGAAAUAUUAUUUUUGUUAAUAAAAUUAACUAUCACCUUGUGAAUUAUAGUCGGGUGUGAUGUCAUUUUGAGUUUGUGAAAAAAACACUCAUUUUGAAGCUCAAUACGUUUAUUUAUAUAAUUUUUAUAGUAACAAUGAGAAUAAUUGAAAAAAUCCCGUUUUUUUACUUGCACCAAAAUGAAUUUAAAAAUAAAUAUAUAACCGUGUUGAUCGCCUGAACUUUAAAAUGUUUUUGUAUAUCGGAAUUCAUAUUAUGUUCUUAAUAGUAUUAGAACUUCCGAGGACAUUUUUAAUUUAUUCGAAUUGAUCAAAAACAGUUAUGUGCAGGUACCUAAUCAUUGAAUAAUAAAUUAGUAUUAAAAAUAUGUAACAAUUAUUUACGUAAAUUUCGGUAGUUGGCCAAGAGCGAUGCUCCUGAUACAUUUAUUGAAAUUGAAAAUAGUUAACUGCGAUAAAUUUGAUUCCAUUAACAAUUAUGAUAGUUCAAUUUUAGAUUUUUGGCACUGGCAACAUUGAAUGUUUUUUUUUUCAAUUUAUUCAUACUAAAGAUCUUCUUAAAUUAUCUAUUAAAUCCGCUCCAUAGAUUGUUUAAGCACCAACCAAUUCGGACUCUCAUUAUAAAUUAUAAGGAAUCAAACUUAUCGAGAAUAACUGUACUUUAUGGAAUUAAUAUUAAUAUAUUUAGGGGCCAAACUAGGUCGGAGUCAUAUUAUCGAAAUACUAUUAUAAACAUUAAAUUUGUAAUAUAUUUAAAAGAAAAUCAUUGUACGAACAUAUAUUGUAGAUACCAAUAAAAAUAUAUAAUUUAAUAA